UGAUGGUCCUCCUACCCCCCCCAACACCGAAUACACCAGCUUCACAGCCACCACCUACCCACCCCAAACCAAGGAUGAAAGGAGGAACACACUGUACAGCGAGAUAAAUGCAGACCAUUGGAUGGGCGUUCAUAUAGAGACCAAUAGUGAAGCGUGCAUCAGCCGCGAGACAACAUCUAUAUUUGCGAAUAUUAUCAAACAACAUACACAUAGACCUAUUGACGGAUCAUGAUUAUUGACGCAGCUUAAUUAAAGAAUUCUAUAUCGGACCAUGGACUGUUCUUUGUCACAGACCUCGGGACUAUUGAGGUGCUUCGAUGCAUGAUAUAGUAAUGUUUUCAUGAGUACACUGUUGUGGAUGGGAUUGUGCUGCAAAAAAUUCAAAGCGUAGGCUAUAUGUUUAUGGAUUCGGGUAUUCACACCGCGAGGCCCCAUGGAACCUGCGACAAAUGUGGUUAUGGUGCAGUAAACUUCGAGUAAAGGAUGGUUAUGAAUGCGCGAAUUAAAUAGUGUCGGUACAUUGAAAUAAUAAAACAAUAAUGGAUUAUUUUUGUUACGUGAUAUAUUGCACAGUGACUAAGCUUGCGCUGUAAUGCGAAGCUUACAUGGGUUUUGAUAUCGGCGCUGACAAUAUAUUUCUGUGUGUCAACGUAAACAUUUGGAUUAUCUUUGGCUGAACAUAACAGUGAGAGUUGUUAACCAAAGACUGGUUAGCUUUACAUGGCUUGUCGUUAUUUGGCGCGGGGGAAUUCAUUAAACAUAAUGCCUUCUCUUCGUUUUGCUAAUCUGAACAUUACGUUUUAAUCUUAAAAAGAGGAAAAGUAGUGUGUGUGCGUUUGGGCUUUGCGCUCCUCAGGAAUCCUGUGAUUUGUGUGAUUGGCCAACAUCAACAUGCCCACCUCACGCUCGAGCGCCAGCCCGGUGGAAUACUGGGUGGAUGGAUCGCGCAGAGAUGUCUCCAUGGAAGAGUUCUACACCAUGGGUCCUGAACUGGGAAGGGGGGCUACGUCAGUGGUGUUUCGCACCGAGGAGAAGCAGACGCAGAAGCCCUAUGCUGCAAAGGUCCUGAAGAAGACUAUUGACAAGAAAAUAGUGCGGACUGAAAUUGGAGUUCUGCUGCGACUUUCCCACCCAAAUAUUAUCCGCCUGAAGGAGAUUUUUGAGACCGAGACAGACAUUGCCCUCAUCUUGGAGCUGGUGACCGGAGGCGAACUCUUUGACAGGAUUGUGGAGAGAGGGUAUUACAGCGAGAGAGAUGCUGCCCACGUCAUCAAGCAGAUUCUGGAGGCAGUGGCGUAUUUACAUGACAAUGGUGUGGUGCACCGUGACCUGAAACCAGAAAACCUUCUGUACGCUGACCUCUCUUUGGACGCCCCGCUUAAGAUUGCUGACUUCGGCCUCUCAAAGAUAAUAGAUGAGCAAGUUACCAUGAAGACGGUGUGUGGCACGCCUGGAUACUGCGCUCCAGAGAUCCUCAGAGGCAAUGCCUAUGGUCCUGAAGUGGACAUGUGGUCUGUGGGAGUGAUCCUGUACAUCUUGUUGUGUGGGUUCGAACCAUUCUUCGAUCCGAGGGGAGACCAGUACAUGUAUAGCCGCAUCCUCAACUGCGACUAUGAGUUUGUCUCCCCCUGGUGGGACGAGGUCUCCCUCAACGCGAAGGAUUUGGUCAGUAAGCUGAUAGUGCAGGACCCCCACAAGAGGCUGACGGUGAAGGAGGCUCUGGAGCACCCCUGGGUACUGGGCAAGGCUGCCCGUUUCUCCCACAUGGACACGACUCAGAGGAAGCUACAGGAGUUCAACGCCCGGCGCAAACUCAAGGCUAUCAUGAAGGCUGUGGUGGCCACCAGCCGUAUGCACGAGGGCUCCCGGCGGCGCACGGACAGCUGCGAUAUGCCCGGCUCUGACAAGACCACCUCCAGGCAGAGCAGCAUGCAGCAGGACCCUCCCCAGGACUCCCUGGAGGGCCAGGCCUGCCAGGGAACGGACACUUCCCAGACCCAGGAGGACGACCAGUGCCCCCCGCCUCUCCCGCCACGCUGCCCCAUACCCUCCACCACCAACCCUCCUCUACUGGCUGGGGGUCUCUUCCCCUCCCGUCCACCCACCAGGCCCCCGCUAAGGGGAGUUGAUGGGCAGAGACAGAUGUCGGUCAUCCCCAAGACCGCAGUGGUACGGCCUAGGGUGCCCCAGAAGAGCUGCUCCUCGGUGGACUCCACCACCACCAAGCGGGAGCCGUCCUCCCCGGUCUUGACCACUCCCCCGAGCCCCAAAAGCCUUGGCAACAGAUUUUCCAUGGGGGUGGAGUCUGGCAGCAAAACGGCACAGUGUCAAUGAGUGAGUGGCAGGUACCAAACAGUACGAGCUCCUCACCUACUGUUGUCCUAAAAUGGCCGACGUCAUUGUGAGAGUCAGGUGAGAUGGUAGAUGACAACAUGGAGGAGGAAGGAAGAGAGGGAGAAUGGAUGUCUAAUCUCGUCAUAUCUGUAUCUGUUUAGACCGGGGACAAACGACUACUAUACUUCCCUUGAUAUUUAUUGUUCCUCUCUGUGCGUAACGAGUUUGGAUACUCAUAACGAAUUUGCAAAUUAACUUCUAACUUUGGUCUAAACUUGGUUUCCAAGUUCCUUUAACCUCUUAUUUUUCAUUGCUUUUCAAGACAAGGCCUAUCUGAACAGGACAAGGCCUCCCUGAACAGCACAAGGCCUCUCUGAACAGGACAAGGCCCCUCUGAACUAUUUUACUUCUAAGGCCACAUACUUUGUAUUCUCUGCACCUUUCUACAAUUCAAUGUUGGAAUCUACAGACUUCAUAUGCAAAUCUGUGAAUGCAUACACAUAAUCCUCUCAUUCAGGUAGUAAAGAUAUUGUAUUUGUGAGCUUAUGAAUGUAGUCAAGGUGUAUUGUAAUGUUUAUUUUGCAAUAAUGGUAUUGAUCUAAUAUUUGCACUGUAUACAUUGAUUAAUCUACAUAGAUUACAACAAAAAGCAUUCACACUGCUAAUCGUUUACUAUUUAAGUCAAACUGCACUUUUAUUCCUCUAGAAAUGUACAUGACUGACCAGAAUAGCUUGUUUGUGGCUCAAACCAAUUUUCCCUUCAUUCAUUGGUUGUAAAAAAUGCUUGGGUAGUUACCCAUCUGCUGAAGGAACGCACAUCAUAUUCACCUCAUCUCUACGACCUCACUGGAGCUACCACUCUACCUCUGUGUGCAGGGGCUUCCAACCCAGUAAUGGCAAAACCUGUAAAGAAACUGUUGGACGAGGUGAGGUUAUGAGGCAAAGCACAGCAUUUCUGCAACAGAAUCAUAUUGUAAGUGGCAGGUGAGGUGAACCCUCGUUUUCAUUGGCUAAGGGCUUUUCUCAAUGGAACUCAAAUAACUGAUCGAACGACUGUCAUUAAAAUAGUCCAUUUCCAUUCCAAGGGCCAAUCUUCACCUGCUAUCUUGUAUUCUCACUCUAACAUUGCCAAAUAGUACGCCUGCAUUAUACUGCUGACAUGUCCAUACAUGUAUAAACCAUUCAUUUACACCAAUGAAAUGUAUAAAGUAUGGCUAUUUUACUUAGAAUUAUUGCUUACAAAUGCUUUAUUUGGGGGUUGGGAGGGGGGUGUAGUUAACAGUGUUGGUUUUGUAAUUAAUUUCUGUGUUUCCCGUUUUUCAUUCAUUCUAAUAAUUGUAGCCUACCUUUUGAAGGUGACAUAUUUUAGACAACAUGAGAUUGAUUUAACGGUCAUAAGAGGGGAAUGUAUUGAAGAUGUACAGGUCUAUACAUUUUGUAUGUUUGAUCAUAUCACAAUAAUCUAAAUCAAUUGGAUUUGAUUGUCUUGUAUUCUACAGAAAUAUUUAGCACAGCAUCCAUUCAAGAUGGUAGUUGCUGUGUGAUGACAUAAAAUGAAUAAAACAUUUAUUUACAAGUCCAAUAUUAGCCUGGAAGAGUUAUCAGUUUUAUAACAAACUGCCAAUAUGAGAAUCUUUAGACGCAAAAUAAACACACACCUAUCUAGGCGAGGUGCUGGCUAGCGGAGUGGAACAAAAUAAAGGAGAGCUCUCAUCUGAGCUCCUGGAGUGUGCUGCUCUCCUUUAUUUGAUUUAAAUAUGAGAAUCUCACCUCACACAUACAUUUGAUUUGAUUUAAGGAAAAUACAAUAAACAUUGAAAGAACAGUAAAUCAGUGGACAGAGAACUGAAUUUUAUUGAUGUACGUCAGAUGAUUACUGUGCAGAAAAUACCAUUAGAGUUAAAGCAUGUCACAGAUUCACAUGGGAAUGACGAGGAACAGGGAAGGACAACUCCCCCAUGUUGGAAACUAAAGCAGAACAACUGUUGAAGUAUAGCAUAACUGUACAAUAUUGUAUCGUUGUAGUUGGAUUAUAAUUUGGCCAUUGUCUUCUCAGCAACAGAAAAUUAGGAAGAAAGUAGGUUUGCUCUCUGAAUAACUUAUGAGUACAAAUUAAUUUAAAAUAGUGUUUAAAAUAUUGCCGCAAUGUUAGUGCACAUAGCAAACAUACACAGAGGCAUUGAGCCUUGUGAAACUUGAUAGGACUCUGGCUGAAGCACUUUGAAACCAUUACACAGCAUGUGACACAUAUAAAAGACAUGCUGUCCAUUUAACACACCUAAAAACAUGGCUGUGUCCUAAUAUUCUUAACUGGCUACCUUAUUUCUCUGCCUUUCCAUUGUGAAACACCUGGACAGGCAUCCAUCAUAUUACUUUCAGCUGUUGCGGUUUUUCAGAUCAGUGGUCACAAAGGAAAGGAGACAAGGAAAGGAAGCAGGUUCAGAAAUGUGACGUGUCCCUGCCUACUCGCAUCCUGGUCUUAAAAUGGCAGACAGGAAUGCCAUAGCACAGGUGACAAUCUUUUGAGAGUAUAAUAUAUUGAGAUGGCUUAAUUCUAAUUAUUUCAUCGACAUAGUUCUGGGCCUUAGACAACAGUCACUGAGUUGUGAAGAAACCAUUUCACCUGGAACCAGUCAGGGCAGGAGACACAUGUAUACAAGCGCUCUCGGUCUUUGUCCAAAGGGUGAAUCCAACACUACAGUGCUUCUAAUAGAGGCCAAAGCGGUGGUUCAUGGCAGGUCUGUUGGAAGCUAUCCACAGCACAAACAUGCAUUAAUAUGGCUCUAGAGAACAGAGUGUAAUGAGUGGGCUGCUAUUGAAUGUCUUUCCAUUGUAUAUUAAUCCCCAUUGCUAUUGAGAGAGUCUUUCCAUCAUA